AUGGCGGCCCUCUACGAAACAAUGGAGGAGAGUCAACCAGGAGCCAAUGGGUUUCUCCUCGAGCACCCUGAAGACCCGUGCGCGUACCUUGGAGAACAGGAGUCCAGGGAAAUGCCAAGCGUAUGGGAGUGGCCAGAACUCAAGGCCUUUGCGGAGAAGUUCAACAUGAAAACAGUCUCCUUUGAUCAAGGAAAAUGUGGGCACAGCCGACGAAAACCAACCAACCUCCUGACGAGCCUGCCAGGUAUGGAUGAACUACAGGGGUUGCGCUGUGGGAAGAAUGAGAAGGGCAUUGAGCCGCUUGCUGCAGAUCUUCCACAACGUCUCAAACAGACCUCUUCCUGGUCGUCAUGGGUCCUGAAGUUCAACAUUCAGAAGAAGUUCAACGGGCUGGUCAAGUUCCACAUUGCGGUGGAGGUGACAGCCCUAAAGAAUGUCUUCCAGGUUCAGGUGCUCAUGGUGAAAAGGUUCAUGAAGGUGAUGCUCUUCCAGCUGACCCUCUUGCUCCGCUACCAGAAUUGGGGGGAGAUGUCCCAGACCCUGAAGAACAUGAAGGUCGAGCCUCCAAAACUGAUGGAUGAAACCAAAAGAGAUGGCGUGUCAGCGGAAGGGAGGUUAGGUAUUGAAGGUCAGGUUCCAGGCUCCGUGCCUGCGGAAGAAGGGGAUGGUGAAGGAUCACAAUAUGAGCCUAGCAUCUAUGAAGGUGAUGAGCAUGUGGAGCGCAUGGAAGAGGUGGAGAACCCUGACGUGAAUGACAUUUGGGGGGAGGCCCAUGGUCCGGGGGAGCCCUCUGCUCUUCGAGCUCUUCAUGGUGAUGAUGGUGAACCUAUGGUGGUUCCGACCAACUUGGUCUACUCCUUCAACCUUCAGUACAACUUCAACUUUGGGUCCAAGCUCGACCUUGCCAAGUAUGACAAGUUCAUCAAGUAUGACGUCCAAUGGCGGUGCAAUCGAACGCUGGAGCGAAAGUGUCUGCUGGCUGCGCUCAACCUCAACGAUGUGGAAGACGCCGAGAGCGAUCAGUUUGAGAUGCCUGUGGAGCCAAAGUGGAAGAUCUUCUUUGACUUCAUGCAGAUGGUGCGCAGCACAACUACUGCUCCGGUGGUCGAGGAGGACACCAAGCACGUCAAGGUGAACCAUGGAAUGAAGAAGUGCCACAACUGCGGGCAGUGCUGGCCGAAGAUGACGGUUCUUGGGAAUGUCAUGACGGUCGGGCUCCGCAACCAGGUGACAGUGUAUGUGGUGACGAUCGGGCUCCGCAACCAUUUGAUGAAGUAUGUGGUGACGGUCGGGCUCCGCUGCCAGUGCAUGGAAUGGCUUAUGAUGGGGCUCCGCUACCAGACGGUGAAUGUCCUGACGGUCGGGCUCUGCACCUACAUCAUGGAGAACCACCUCACGGUCGGGCUGAGCAGUUGCUUGGUGAACUCCGUCCUCAAGAUCGGGCUUCGCAACUACAACAUGGAGAAUGUGGAGACGCUCGGGCUGGAGCACUAUGUGGUGAUCUUCCAGGCGACGGUCUUCAAGGUGAUGUGGAGUCCACGACUACCUGGUGUGGCACAGGGGCAGUUCUAUCGACCUGUCCGUGUGGAGCUCACUGUGGGAGGAGUGCCAAUGGUGGGAUACCGCCAAGGGAUCCCUGGUGUGGACUACUCCAUCGAGCUCACAAUGCGAAAACCUGAUCAACCAGAUCAACGUCCUGCAGCUGAACCACCAAUAGUGGGAAAAAUGGGCACUACAGCGACUGGGCCGUCUUCGGCAAGUGCUGGGGCUUCAAGUGCAAGUUCAAGGGCUCCUGCAACAGAAAGCCAGCCAACUGCGGCCAGUGCACCAAGUGCUUCUUCAACAGAAAAUCGGGCCAAUGCGGCCAGUGCACCAAGUGCAAAUCCAGCAUACUCCAGACUGGGAGUUGUGGCUGAAAGGGUGAUGCCUGACGGGAGUAGGGUUAUUUACAGAAACCCCAGGGAGACCUACUAUGAGAACGUUCCACCUCCAACGUCGAGUGCAUCUGCGCCCACUGAUCCGCCGACUGUUGACUCACCGGGUCCUGGUGAACCAGAGCCAGAGGCUGAGGACCUCACGGUGGAGGAGACGUCGUCUGAUGUCGAAGUGGUGCGUCCAACGAAGGAUGUGUAUGUCUUGGCGCCGGUGAAUGUCCUGACACUCGGGCUUCGCAACCAUGUGAUCCAGUAUGUGGCGACGCUUGGGCUCCGCUGCUGUGCUGUGCGACCUGCCACCUUGGGCUCCGAGGUAGCGAUGAUCGGUACGAUGACCGGUACGAUGAAAAGUACGAUGAUGUGGGGCUACUUCAUGGACGAGCUCUACAACCUCUUUGUGGUGAAGCCUUGCUGGGCUUCAAUGGUGCUGCAAGGGACACGCCUGGUCCCGGGGGAGCUGAAACGCUGGAGGAGAUCUAUGGCUGUGAUUGGGCCGCUCUACUUCCUGGACAUCAAGGACCAGCUGCUCUUCCUGGCCGUGGAUCCUUGUAGCUGUGUAGCUAGUGCGAAUGGUAGCGAAAAAAGGGCUGUGCCCUACAAUGUGAAGCCUCAAGGGCUUUCGGAGCUGAUUGGUGCCAAGGAGUACUCCGACAGUUCUCAAAUCAACAGCCUGACUGGCGACCAAAUCUCCAGGCAUCAAUCGGGUCCAGUAGGAUCAAAAAAUGACGAGUUUUUGCAGGGUUCAGGUGCCCAGCUGAAGAUCCAAGUUCGCAGUGUGAACACUAGCCUUGAAGGGUCAAAAUCUUCAGCUGGCGCUGAGAGCCGAGUAGCCGUAGCACCGGUGGAAGGCAUGUCUGCCUACGGUGGUAGUUGUAGUGGUAGUUUGGUAGCUGCCAUGCUCUUCGCUCUGCCGACGUUGGUGGCGGGACAGCCUGGUGAUGGUGGUCGCCGUGACCAAGACGGAGACUUUGGGGCAUACUUGUUCUUCUUCGUGCUGCUGGCGGGCUACACUGCGAUGGUGAUCUUGGGAGUGCUGGCAUGCAUCUGGUGCCAACAGCUCCAUGGAGAAAGACGACAGGUUGGAGGAAAGGGCGCUGGAAAGGCACGUGCCUACUCCAAUCGAGAAAUGGAUGAAUGGUAUGGGAACGACGUGGCCAACAUCCACUACAGCGAUGAGGAGGCGAUGCCGACUCCAAGAUUGAGGAGAAGGAGGACCACGGGGAGCUCUUCACGGGGUUCUGGUGAUGGUCGAACUACGUCGCCGGCCUACUCGGAAGCGGAUGGGCCGCCAAUUCAAGACCCGGAGAGGGAGCCUUUCAACUUGUGGCGCUCUCCUGACGAGUUUGAGGAGGAUGACAUGCCUGCCAUCCCCGAGGACUAUGUGCCUACGCCAAGUACUCCUGACCACUGGGUGCCGAUGAGCACGCGCAUCCAAGAACGACGUGAUCGAGCUGAAGAUGCACGUGGUGGAAAGGGGAAGGGAAAAGAAAAAGGAAAAGAGAAGGGGGGAAGAGAGAUCUUCCGGCCUGGCCAAGGGGCGCGACUUCGCCCGGCUACGCCCUCUCCUUCGGUCUGCCCGGCCGAGGAGAGCCAAGAAGAGACUUCAGUGGCCUCCACGCCGGGGACUGCUGACGUCACACCUGAUGAGGAGGAGGAGGAGGCCGACCCGGCCAUUCCGUUCCCUCAUGGAGCGAAAGCACCUCCGGCAGCCUGGAUGCAAGGACAACGUCCACCAGGGCAGCCGCAAGGGCCUUUCCCACAACAGCAGGGCCUACAAGGGCUUCAAGCGAUGCAACAGGGGCCAAUUGGGCCUCAGCCACAACGUGAACCUCAAGGAGCUGAAGGGGCGACACCAAAAGCCGCUCCGGCUGCGGGCAGCACGGCAUCACAGGCCGUUUAUGCUGCUGCUGCUGCCGAUGAUGAACCUCGUGGGGGCGACCAGGCAGAGCCAGCUGGCGAGCCAGGUUUGCCAGAUGAUGGGCCACGGCGGGGUGAGUCUGACGAAGUACCCCGACCAACCAUCUUCACAGCCGCUUUUGGCACGGUCUAUCAUGUGAGGCCGAGCUGCGGAAAGUUGAGAUGUGCCUCGCGCAUCUUCAGGCAUGAAGCCUUCACGCCUUGUCCCUGUGGACCGCUACAGCGUGGUGGGAUGGUCUACAUCCUAGACAACAAGUACCACACGGUGAAUCACAGCGGGUUCCCAAUGUCAAGGACCAGCGCAGGUUGA